UUCACUGUUGUUGCCAGUAGAGGUUGACAUCGGAUUCACUCCAGUGGCUGCUCGUUUGUUCUCGCUGUGAAAAUGACCAGCGUGAAUGUGGAAGCGGCGAAGACCGAGGAGGUCAGGACUCUGAUACCGACGACCAGAGUUUUAAAGAUAUUAGCAAUAAUUUCAGUCUUGCUGUUCGUUUUAAUAGCCACAGGGCUGGUCGCUUAUGUGUUGGUCGUUUACCUCCCUCACAAGUGCACAGACAGUGAAGCUUGCAGAAGAUCUGAAUAUACAGCCUGUGGAUGUGGUCAACGGAAAACCCGAUCUGACAGGAUUGUCGGUGGAUCAAGCACGUAUGAUGGCGAGUGGCCAUUUAUAGUCAGUUUGCAGCUCAAUGGUCAGCACAGCUGUGCAGCAACACUCAUCUCCUGUCGAUGGAUUUUAUCAGCUGCCCAUUGCUUCAGAAAAGGGCACCCAAAAAAUUGGAUUGCUGUGUUUGGAGUCAAAUCCUUGGAUCAGGGAACAAACCAAAUCCAGAUACGAAGAAUUAAAACAAUAAGCUUACAUCCUCUUGUAUCAACUGCCUCUAAUUACGAUGUUGCCCUACUGGAAUUGUCCGAGCCAGUUGAAUACACAGACUUUGUCCAACCAGCUUGUCUACCUGCAGCCACGACUUCCAUUUCUGAUCAAACAUGUACAACAAUUGGAUGGGGCCAAACAAGUGAAAAUGGUGGAUCUUUCAGUAAUGAGCUUUUGAAGACUGAAGUGAAGGUUUACAACAACACCCAGUGCCGAGAGGCGAUGCCCAGGAUUUGUGCAGGGAUACCUGAAGGAGGCAGAGAUGCAUGUAAGGGUGAUUCUGGAGGACCAUUGCUGUGCCAAGAUAUGGAUUCUCGUGCUUGGAUAGUUGCAGGAGUUGUUUCCGAGGGAGUAGGCUGUGGAAGACCUGACCAUCCAGGUCUAUAUACAGAGACAGCAGCUGUUCACAAAUGGAUACAGGAUGUAAUACAAUAACGAGUGCUGCUGGCAGCCUAACUUGUGACAAUCAUUGUCUUUGACUGUUGCUGAUGACUGGGGUAGCACUCGGCUACAGCACUGUUGUGAACUGCUUCAUGCUACAUUGGAGUUUGAAUGUAAAACGUCUUGCUUUGUAAAAGCUUUAUCAUGGUCUUAGACCAGAUUGUAAAGAAUCUCACAUUGAGAAACUGGAUUUUAAACUGUUCAGCUUUGUAUUCAACCAGUUAUAGCAUAGUACUGUUGUAUUCUCGCUGUAUUU